AUGUUUUCUGAUUUUCCGGUAACAUUUCCGGCUACACCGGUGGCUAUUCCGGUCAGAUCAUCAGCUCGUUGUAAAGCUUGUAAUGAGCACUACAACCUGGGUUUCGGGUUCUUGGCAAUAUCAGCAUCACCAAUACUCUCUGGUGGAGCACAAAAGGGGCUAUUCUACGUUGCCCUAACGGUCAUAUCCGUUGGUAUAUAUGGACGGUCAAUCUCGUUGGGAGUUUUCACAGAGGACCAACUAGAAGACAGUGGGAACAAUGGGAAUCCAGCCAUGCUCACCAGCUUUGUCAUUGGAAACGUUGGGAACUUUGUAUUCCCUUUACUUGCUUCUACUGCACUUCCUCAGAUAAGUCCGUGGUUUGUAAGAUUCGCAGUCCCUGCUGGCUGCGAGGUCUUAGCAAUGCUGAUCUUUCUCUCUGGUGCUUGUUCAUACAAACGGGAAAGACCUAGUGGGAGCCCUUUGACAACAGUGUUCCGGGUCUUUGCGGCUUCUGCUUCCAAAAUGUCUAGUGGAUAUCAAAACAACUCAAACCAGCUUUAUGAAGAUACCGAGUGUGGUCUUGAUAUGAAGUCCCACACAAGUAGCUUGAGGUGCUUGGACAGAGCUGCGAUGAUACUCCAAACCGAGCCUUUGGAACAGCAGAGGGGAAACAGAUGGAGACUUUGUAGGGUUACAGAAGUGGAGCAAACUAAAAGCGUGAUACGCACGGUUCCUUUGUUCACGACAUCUCUUAUCUCCGGGAUCGUUUUCUCUCUUGGUAACACUUUCUUCCUCGAACAAGCAAACCAUUUGGACUCCAAGUUAGGAUCAUGGAACCUCCCUCUCCCACUCCUCUUACUCUUUAGCGAGGCUGCAAGGCUAGGAUCUCGAGAACUAUGCGUCAUGGCUGCAAAACGUAACGCCCAAGCACCAAAACAAACCAAAACACCAUAUGGUAUACCAGUCUCCAUCAUCCUAUCGGUAUUCUGCUGCGCCAUUGCUGCACAUGUUGAGUCCAUGAGGCUCAAAGUGGUUAGAAUUCAAGAGACCGUCUCCAUGAGUGUUUUCUGGCUGCUUCCACAGUACGUUCUUCUCGGUUCAAUAACAGGGAUCUAUGAAAACAGCUUUGCGCUUUACCUAGAAGAAACGGUCCCUGAAGAGUUGAGUCAAUACAUGGUUUUGUUUAACGUGGGUGUGUGUGGGGUUGGGAUCAUGAGCAAUAUUGCUCUUGUUAGUGUGGUGGGUAGAGUAAGUGGAGGCAAAUGGUUUCAAGACACAAUAGACAAGAGCCGGUUGGAUAAUUAUUAUUGGGUGCUAUCAGCUUUAAGCAUGUUCAACCUCUUGCUGUAUUUUUCUGUAACUAAUAGGUACACAAAGUGCAACAAGAAGGAUGGUGGAGCACAAGAAAUGAUCGAUAGGUGAUAGAUUUUUGUGUGAUUCUGAUUUUCAUUUGUAUGUCCUGAUAGACCUUAGAUGAGGUGACUAUGUUGUGGCUUUGUAAAAACAAACGGCAAGCUAUGUUGUUCAUUCCUGUUGUAAAGUAAACAGCAUGAUGUGUUAAUAGUUGACAAGUGACAUAUGCCUUAUGUCUUCUUGAUUUGAGGUGUCAUCACUAUGAAACAUCAAACAUCCAAAAGAAUCAGAAGUUCGCAAGACCAUAUUCUAUGCCACACCAGUCAUACCUUCAUACCAUGUUCUCAACCAGUCUCUUGUAUCUAGUAAGAAUACAAACAAUACUGAAUAGGCAUAACCAAACCUCUUGGGCACAUAGAUAAACGUACUAACAUUGUUGGUUUAUCUAUGAGUGUGACAAGACUAAUAAACCCUCAAUGACUUUUAAGAAACAAAAUAAAGUAGGUUAUUGCUUUACAUGUGGAAAAUCAAAUCAAAUCAAAUCUAACAUUAUGGAAGUGAGAUUACAAAUAUAAUUAGGAAUCAACUGUCUUGCUUCAUAGUCAAAUUUUCAAUCAUAUGUGGAUACUUCAUUGCUCCCGAACGCAUCAAAAUGGAACCCACCAAACAUCAAUUAAAGAACAAAUUCACCAAUAAUUUGAAAAUUUCCUGAUGUUUAAAAAGUAAUUAAAAUGCAUCAAUCUUUCUGUUUGUUACACAUUAUGUUUCUAAUAGCGAUAUAUUGGUCGUGGAAUAUGCACAAUAAUUUAUUACUAGGAUUUCCACGAUGGGAUAGAGAUUAAUGUAAAGAAAUAUACGCAUUACUAAUUAAUUAUUAGUUGGAAGUUUAUAGUGUUGAGUGUUGACAGAUACCUGAUCACAAAAAAUUAAACGGAUAUAAUCAGUUCAAAAACUAUGUAUAGCAAAAAAGUAAAUAUCAUAUUGA